AUGUCUGGCUUCCUCAAGGCCAUCGCGGCCAUUACGCCGGCCACGCCUCAGCCGCUCGCGCGCGAGUAUGACGGACUCGAGUUCAAGUGGAAGAUGUUUGUCAUUCGCCCCGCCGCGUUCAAGUUUGAGGGUAUAAUGCUUGCUAUCCUCGGCGCGUAUCUUCUCCUGCACCUUAUUGGCAAGCGCUUUAACAUGGGCCGGGCUAGGAAUGCCUUCUCGCCCUUCAUCCCCACUCUGCAGGACCAGUUCACGAGGGUGCUGCCAAUGAAGUCGUCGAGCUCGGCACUGCACCUCGUCUUUGCGACUGGCCGCCGCAACGUCCUCGCCGCGCACGUCACGCUCAAGCUCAAGCCGUUCCACGACCUCAUCCAGAUGCUCCUUACCUUUGCUGACGCCUUCAUUGACCCUCUUUCCGACUCGAGUGAGUCGAUGGUCUUCCAGUUCACCCUUGGCCGUGGCGCGUCGGGCUUCCAGGGCGAGGGCGCUGGUGUGUGGGCCAUUGUCAACAAGGACGGCAUGGCCAAGUUCCGUGAGAAGCGCUUCGACCUGACUUUCCCCCGCAUGCACGAGUCGACUGCCGUCCCCACGACCCACGCUCUUUUCUCUGAGCACAGCGACAUCACUGACGCGAUCCUCAAGACCCCCAACGUUGGUGUCGCCGAGGUGCUCGCCGACCGCACCGCCGCCCGCAUCCUCAAGGCACUCAUCAUCACCGACGCCCCCACCAAGCGCCCCCAGAACGGUCCCCUCAAGCCCGAGCAGCGCGCACGCGAGAUCUACCUGUCUGUGCGGAAGCCCACGACUCAGGCCGAGUCGGACGCCGUCAACGCGUGGAUCCAGGUUGCGCUCAACCUUGCCGACCUCGUCACCCGCCCGACCAUGGUCAAGGCAGAGGUGACGCGCAAGCUCGUGCGCACGCGCCAGGAGCUCGACGAGUCCCUCGCCAAGCAGUUCAAGAAGGAACAGGAGGAGGACAACCCGCCCGAGCAGACUGCUGAGGAGAAGCGCGCUGCCCGCAAGCGUGCCGAGCGUGCCAAGCUGUCUGAGAAGGACCAGAAGCGUGCCGACGAGCUUGACCGCAAGCGCGAGAUGCGCAAGAUGCAGAAGCGCGGUAUGGCCGGCAUGGGCCCGAAGUGA